GCCGCUACCAACAACAUUCGAAUGCUCCAGGGGUUUUACUCGCUAUUGGCUAGAAGCAUCCGUAUACCCAAUACGAUUUGACUUCGAUCAGAAAGCCAUACUGCCAUUCAGCAUCGCCAGUCAUGAUAUUGCAUUCAACGAAGACAAAUAUCUGAAUUCAGUAACAAUAUCGAAACCAGAAUCAUUUUUAUGCUGCUCCUGUUGUCCACGUAAACGGAAAGUCCACUACAGUCUCGCAAUUGACAGAACUGUGUACCACCCGGGUGAUUCAAUUUUAUUCAGCGGGGAGAUACGCAACAAUUCAAAAGAAACGAUUACUGGUCAGAUUUGUAUUUACCAACGAGUGACGUACCACACAAAAAGCGACGAUGAUGUCGAGGAGAGGACGGUAGAGUAUAAAGUCCUGAAUGAUGUUGAGAGAAUGGAAUCAAAAACAUGGACGAAUAGUUCAAUACUUAUCCCCCCAAUACCACCAUCGUCAAAUGGCCGGCUGAUAGAUAUCGGCUAUCAAGUAGAGAUGAAGCUUAAAAUAGGAGUUGUAAAAGAAAAGAUACUGCGAAUUCCCAUACACAUAUCAUCGGCCCAAGUUGAAACAAAACAAUUUGGUGGAUUUAGUUAUUUCGGUG